GCAGAUUUUGGGGCGAAUGCUUGAUGGGGACAGACGCUCGCCGACAGAGCUGAUGGAAGCACUUGAUCUUCGCCAGGAGUCGGAUGCUGCUGUGCUGCAGGCGUUGGUGGUCGAUGUCGUGGCAAACAACCCAAAGCAGCGGAACAAGUUUUUGAAAGGCCAAACGGGCGUGCUUGGCUUCUUUGUAGGACAGGUGAUGGGCAAGACAAAAGGAAAGGCCAAUCCACAGAAAGUCAAACAGGCUGUGGAGCAGGAGCUUGCAAAGUUCUCGCACCAGGCGAGCUGCUGAUCGUGAACUCGACAGCACCCUGCCGCACCUGACAUUCAUUUCAUGCCUCCGUGAUCACAACACCUGCUUGUCGCACUACUGUAAGCAAGCAAGGCAAUCAGCCCUGCAACUACAGUAUCGUCUCUGCUGAAAAUUUGUACACAUCUCGACAGCAUUUCUGUGCGCCCCAUUUCGCGGGAAAACCACUUUCAACCACUGCCAGCAAGAAGCAAGAGAAGAAGAGAGCAUUGAAGGUGUGCUGUGGUUGGUCAGUUUGUGUGUGUGCGGCUGUUGGCCUAUUGCGUUGGUACCGAUAUCAAAAGCC